GUGGAGAAGCCGUGAAUUCUGGUUGGUUACGUCGCUUCAACAAACUGGCUCAAUGAAAACAAGACCAUGUGGUGACAGUGACAGUUGUGAGGAUCACUGUUCAAGCAUUGCUGUAACGGUCAGACAGAAGAAUGGCACCAGAGCCAUCGGUAUUAAAUUCUACUGAUAGUAAUAAGUUCCCUACGAUAAUGGAGCCUUCAAAAGAUUCAGAGGUGGGCAGUGGACCUGGGAAUCCAGAUCCAGAUGCAGGUUCAAAAGUGGAACUGAAGCAGAAAAUCACUCUGUGGAACGGAGUUGCUAUCAUUGUUGGAACAAUUAUAGGCUCUGGGAUUUUUGUGUCUCCUAAAGGUGUACUACAAGAGACAGGAUCCGUGGGCCUGUGUAUCAUGGUGUGGUGCGCCUGUGGCCUCAUCUCCCUGGUGGGCGCCCUGUGCUACGCCGAGCUGGGCGUGACCAUCACGCGCUCCGGGGGAGACUACGCCUACAUCAGGGAAGCCUUCGGCCCGCUCUGCGCCUUCCUGCAGCUCUGGGUUAAUCUGAUCGUGAUCCGGCCGACAGCCCAGGCCAUCGUGGCCUUGACCUUUGCCUACUACACACUCCAGCCCAUCUUCCCGGACUGCGACCCGCCCCACAUAGCUGUCAGACUGCUGGCUGCCCUGUGCAUCAGUCUGCUGACGUUUGUGAACGCCUACAGUGUGCGUGCGGCCACCCGGAUCCAGGAUGUGUUCACAUUCGCCAAAGUGUUUGCGCUGAUCGUCAUCAUCAUCACUGGGAUUGUUCUCAUCUGCCAAGGUGAGACAGAACAUCUAGAAGACGCUUUUGCUGAUUCCAACCCAGAGGUUGGCAAGAUCUCUUUGGCCCUUUACUCUGGACUGUUUGCAUAUGCUGGAUGGAACUUCCUCAAUUUUGUCACAGAGGAGAUGAUAGAACCGCACAAAAACCUGCCAAGAGCUAUCUACAUUUCCAUCCCUAUUGUAACAGCUGUGUAUGUGCUGGCCAAUGUAGCUUACUUUACUGCCAUGUCUCCACAAGAAAUGCUCACUUCAUAUGCGACAGCUGUGACUUUUGGGCAGAAUGUGUUUGGGUAUGCUGCCUUCCUCAUCCCAAUCUUCGUUGCCCUGUCUACAUUUGGUGGUGUCAAUGGAUUGCUUUUCACCUCAGGAAGGUUAUGUUUUGUGGGAGCCCGGGAAGGUCACUUGCCAGGGGUUAUGUCUAUGAUCAGUGUGCAGAAAUUUACACCCCUGCCGGCCAUUCUCUUCACUGGUAUUAUGUCUAUCCUGAUGCUGGCGUCUGAUGACAUUUUCGCCCUAAUCAACUACCUCAGUUUUGCUCAAUGGCUCUCAGUGGGAGCCUCCAUUGCUGGCAUGGUCUACCUUCGCUUUAGAGAGCCGGACUGGCCCAGACCCAUCAAGAUGCCGCUGAUUGUCCCUAUUUCGUUCCUGAUAGUGGUAGCCUUUCUGCUGAUUGUGCCCCUUGUGGCCGCGCCCUACGACACAGGCAUGGGUGUCCUCAUCAUCUGUUCCGGUAUUCCUGUCUACAUCAUCGGAGUGGCCUGGUCCAACAAGCCACGUGUCUUCAAAAACUUGAUGGAGAAACUGACUCUCUUUGGACAGAAGGUGAUGGUGGUGGCGGCUCAAGCAAAGGAAUCAUGAUAUCAGUGAGCUGGCAACUGAUCAAAAUGUUGUAUUUAUUCUUCACCAAUGACAGAACAAUCAAUCUAAUAUGAACAUAGUUUGAGAGUACUAGAAUAAGAAGCCAGUAAAAUUAGAUACGAUAGCUUGUAUUACGGGGAUGGGAUGUCUGCAUUCAAAGGUUAUUUUCUUUCUGUACUGGUGGAUUUGUUCUACCUUGAUGUGGAUGCACAGACCAUUGAAGAAGUCACCCCAGCCUCUCUUCGUUUGGUCCUUUGGGUGUCAUAAAAACACUAUCAUGUUCAAUUCUAGUUGGAAAACUAGUGGAAUAUGGCCAGAAUUUCUCGCAUUCAGUAAGCAAGUAUGCAGUUACUGCUCUCUGUAGAAUUCAAGUCAGUAUCGGAUUCUUUUCAAAGGCUUUUCUGUUAGGCUUUAGAGAACUUGCUUCUCCGGGUUAAAACUCUAAUCUUUGUGCUAAUGUAAAAAGAGAUGUAAUGAAUUGUGCCCGGAGGUUUGUCUGACAUGCUUGUGCUGUCACUAUAUGGCGUCAUCAGCUGUGUGAUCAACAGUUGAUUGGGCAAGCUUUAUUGCUCAUGAGAUUUUCUAUUUGUUUUCUAGUUUAUUAUUAAGCUCAGAUGUACUCCUUCUUUACUGCUCGCAAUUUUGAAUGGGGCUGUAGAUUUUUGUAUAUGUGUAUUAUAGUGGGGGGGGGGGGGGAGUUGUAUAGAUUGAAGGUUGCAAUUUAGGUAUCGCAGAAACUUUUGGGCUGGGUUUCUAAGUUUCAGUUGCUGUUUCAUAGGAAAUAGCAGGUCGGUUUCCAAUGUAAGAGGCACUCUAAUCAGUCUCUUUUUUUUUGCUAUCAAUGUGCAAGUAUGUUGUUGGGAGUUUGAAGUUGUUUCAAUUACUGUAAGAGGGGUUUUUUCCCCUGAGUUUGGGAGCUUUCAAUUUUUGUGAACUCCCUUAUAAUAGUUUUAUUGUGUUCAGCUGUCUAUAAAGGACAUUUUAUGUACAUCUUGUAAUUUCUGCAUGUGAAAAUCGUUAGUUUGUGAAAUGGCAAAAAUUGAUUCUCAAAAUAAGGAAGAAUUUUGCCACAGGCCAUGUCUGUCAAAAGAAUGUUCCAGGAGAUUUAAAUUGUUCUGCAAUGUUUUAUCUGUUAGAAACAAAUCGUGACUGUCUUGUUUUGAUUGUCUUCUGUCAAGAGAAUGUCUUCUUUACCAAGUGUAAGUGUUGACGAAACAGCUCUCGUGACAAUCUCACUUUGUAACAUCCACACAAAUCUGUCUCAGUAGUUUAGUUUGCAAAUUUCGCUAUGUGUUUUGUGAAUGGCAAACCAAGAUCACAGAUGACCGACUCUUGAAGAACAAGAAGAAUUUGAUGGUUUUUGGUCCGUGCCCUUUAUCGACAUGUGUUCCGACCAAGAGAAAUGACGUUUCUCUCUUAUACAGCAAGUAUGCUGUAGGGCCAUCAUUUUAUAAUGCUUUAUCAUUAAAAUGAUAACACUUUUUUUUUUUUUAAGAAGGUAAACAGGAACAAGACACUCAAAAUGUCUCUCUUGGAAGUAUUUUAUACCAAGAAAUCUUUAGAAAAUACAAUUUAUACAUUACCUUCGAAGUGGUCAAUGAUUCGGUUUUUUUCUCUGGCAAUGUUAGUUGUAUUAUAGUGGUAGUGGUGGCAUUGGCUCAUCUUGGAGGUAAUGUUUUGUGUUAACAGUCUUGAUACACUCACUUUAUCUGAAAUGGUUAUUUCAGUCCAUGCUACACUAAAUGCUUGUUACUGCCAUGAUGUGCUCAUGUUUCUGUCAUGUUUAAAGCAUCACCAUUGUUAUGUUUCCUUUAUCACAAAGUAUAUAUUUUCUGGGGAGGGGGGGGGGAGUUCUAAAGAAGGAGUCUAAAUUACUACAUAGAUUUUUCUUUUGUUCAUUUCUUUCAUUGUGUUGUCUAAGGAGUUCCGUGGAUGGAGGCAGUACAAAUUCACACAAGCCUUGUUUUCUCAAAACUAUUUUGCAUACCCUUUUACUUCUGUGGGGUGUCCUAUAUACUGAGAAAAUAACAAGCUUGACUACUGUGCAAGCCAUCUUGGUUAAUGUCUCGAACAGGAUUUUUACAUUUGGAUUGUUUUAACAGUUUUUAUGGUUUUCCGCCCACUUGCUUAAAGUCUUUCCCAGGCAGACAUUAAAACCCGAGGGUCACACUUAGUGAAAAAAAAAAACCUCACUGUAUUGAAGGUGACUUUCAACCUAUGCCAAACUGUCUUUGUGGUCACAGCAUCAUAAAAAAUACAAAAUAACAUGUAAAACUGAUAUCAGUUUUCUUCACAUGUACCAUUUUGCCAAGAAAAGUGAAACAUGAUUUUUUUUAACGACAAAACAAGUUGAAUUUCAAUCAAACUUCAGAGGAAGUGGAAGCCUUUACCAUAAACCUCAAGAGAACCUUAAACUCAAAGGUUAUAUUCUGAAGUAUACAUAUUUCAUCGCUCUACAUGCCUUUCAGUUUGUUUGUUGUUGUUGUUGGUUGGGGUUUUUUUGGGGAGGGGGGGGGGGGGUCAAAUGUCCUGUGCUUUUCACUAGGUGGUCUUCUUGCAGUCGUUUAUGUUUCUGUUCUGGAAUUUGAUGACGUAUGUGUUACUUUGUCAACUUUGGCACAUUGAGUUUGGUGUGCCGCUUAGCCUGUACACUUUUCAAAAUAGUUUUCUACACUGUCGAGCUUAACACUUUCUUUCAAGGUCCAUUUAAUUUUUGUCAAAAGUCGUGUGAUUGUUUGUAAACAUCCAAUUUUCAGGAACCCACAGACCUCUUCUUGAAAACGACUCUUUCCUUCAUGGGUUUGUCAUGAGUGAAUCUCAAAUCUGAGCAUUGUGACAAUUGAUGCUCGUUGAGGAAAAGUUUUUCAUAAUGUAUAUUAGGCUGAACUUUACACAAAAUUGUACUAGUAUUUUGUUUGUAGUGAGAUUGUGAAAUAUGUUACAAGUCUAAAGGACUGAAGUAACCAAUACGACUCCCAAUUCUACAGCUGAUUAUGACAACUUACAAACUGUUGAUUGUGUUAGAAGCUUGUGUUCUAUGUCAGUUUAGUAUUUUCGUUUGCCUUUUUCAAUGUUAAAUUCUGAUGUAUUUUUUUUCUUUGUUUCAUGGCACUCAAAAAACUGAAUUUUGUAGUGUUAGUUAUAUGACAUACAUUUUUUUUUUCUUGACACUUUUUAAAAAAGAUUUUCAUUCAUAAUCAAUUCAUUUAGGAAAUGAAUUUAGUUUGUUAAAUUAGUGAUGGUUUUUCAAAUCCCUUUUGUACAUUGUGGCAACUGUAUUCAUUGAUGCUUAAAUUUCUGUAUGAGAAAAUUAUUUCUGCCAAUGUUGUGUAUGAUGAGUGUAUGUAUUUGUACUCGCGCAACCUCUUGUGGUGUCCAUUGUGUGGGUGGUACCUGAUAUCAUUGUGACUGUAGGUACCAUUUAUUUUUUAUCAGUAAUGCUGCUAUCUAUGUUACUGUUGUUCUAUUGCUGAAAGUGAGGUGCCUGCUUUGUGUAAUGCUUCUUGUAAAUCUAGCCUUUUUCAGUGAUGCCUUAAUGCUUCUCCCUAAAUUUGCUCAGCUAAUGGAAGGCGUAUAAAAAAGUCUUUGUAAAGUUGUUGUCAAUACUACAAGGUCUCCGUUUGCCAAAGAUAAUCCUUUAUCUGACUGUACUAGGAAGUUAUGGCUUAAAUAUGAUCUUCAAAUUAGCCAUUAGUGAAAAUUCUUGGGUUUACUUUUUUUUUAUGUGAAAAUUUUGAAAAAGCGUGCUGGAGAUUAUAGUGUGUUACGAUCUUUUUAAGUAUGAGACCCUUUAAGGGGUUUAAGAAUACUAGACUGUGAUAGAGUAUGCAGUAAAAAUCGUUGUCACCUUCACCCACUCAGCCACCCUGACUGUGUAACACUUGAUUUCAGGGUACCCUGUCUUACAGAAAUUUGUUGCUUAUCUUUUCGCUCUAAGAGAAGUUUUCAUUACCAGAAUGAAAUGCAAAUGUCUUUUGGAGGUUCAAAUAGCAUUACUGUUGUAUUUUAUUUUUUAUUUUUGUAACGCACACACAUUGUUGCAGGAUGGUUUGAGUUUUUAUGUGUUGUAUUUAAAUGAAAUCUUUGGUUGUCCUCCAUUGAUUUCAAAAGAGAUUGUUUGCUAGACUAGAAUCCGACAGUGUAAAUGCAUAUAUAUCUGAUGAAGGUUGCUUUUCGAUUAAAAUAGUACAGUUUAUAUGACAUACCUGGAUACCUUUCCAAAAGAAUCUUGUCUGUGUGAGAUGCAAAAAUGUAUCCCGUUUACACCCAUGCAUUUCUUAUCCAGUGUUAGCUGGUAGCAAAGACUUACCAAAUCGCAGUUGAUAAUUCUGUUUGGCUUGGCGUCUGCUGUGCCAGUUGUUUAUUUUUACACCAGAGUUGAUCUCAUCCUAUGCUGUGGUAAACAUAAUAUAUAACAAUGAGAUGUACAAAUGUUAUGUUCCUGUCUGUGGCUUACUCAAGUUGAUUUAUUUAUUUACAUUCAGUUGAGGGUUUCGGGAAAGAAAACAAACUUCUGAAAUAGUUAGCUACUGUAACAUGAUUUGGUACUUUGUAAACUAGUACCUGAGGGACAGAUGUUCGAGUCUGCUUGAGAUAUAUACUUUUCUCAUUCCUUCCAUGAAUAUUUUCUCUUGGACCUAUGUCUAGCCUGGGAGUUAGUGCCGGCCUUCCAAAUGAUGUAAUGUUCAUGACUGCUGUCUAAUGGGGGGAUGUAGUUUUAAAAAAAACUAAACAAACUACAGAACAAUUCAAAUGUUAGGUAUUACAUACUUCCUUAGCUCAUGCGGAGGUAUUUCUAGAAGGAAUACAAGUUUUACACUUUGUCAUCACAAGGCUCAUAUAAAGACUCUUGCCAUCACAGGCAAAGGCAUUUUGUUGAGAAUCCAAAGAAACUGGGUGGUAAAUAUGGCCGAUCGGUGACUUGUGACGGCAAAGUGUUAAACAUAACAUGGAUAGAAGUGCAAUGAUUGUUGAGCACUAUGGUAUCGGAAACUAAUGAUAACAGCGUCUCGAUGCUAUGCUUGAGAAUGGUAAUGGGUUGAAUUAUUAGAAUUAAAGAUCCAGGAUAGACUCACAGUACACAGUACUUGUGCUCUCAGGAUUUGGUUUUAUAUUUGAUUUAUUUUUCUUAUUUAAAACAAUCUAGAUUACAGGUUUGUAAUUUCUUCUUUCGAAGGGAAAAAGGGAAAGUAGAAUAUUAGAGUUUUGGGGGGUUUUUCACCUGAUGUCGUUUGCUUAAGACUGCCUUAUUGAACUUUGUAUAGUCUUCCAAUGUCCUAAUAUUAUUUUUUUAUAAAGAGAUUCCAGGGCUUUGAGCCUGAACUCUUUAAGGUAUUUCCAUGUCUUGAUCUCUGUGACAAAAAGUAGCACUGUCAGUGUCUCUACCGUAGGAUUUUCUCUUACGUUAGUUCAUAUUUGAUUUUGGGUGCUCCAGAAAUUAAAAUUACAGAAGAAGACCAUCACACUUUGACCCACUCCUUUACUUAGUUCCUUCUAUCACUGAUAUAGUAGGCCACACUUCUCAUUUCAAUUUUUCAUUACUAUUUAGAUUGAAAGUGUGAGAUUUCCUAAUAAAGAAGGACAAAAGAAAAAGACUUCAAAAUUUAUGGUGUUGGAGAAAUGCAGGUUUCUGCGGCGUCAGAUACUUAGAGUGUUAACAUUUUCACUUGGGUGUAGUAGGGAGGUUUCAAGAAGGAAAGUGGCAACCCACACAGUAAGGCUUACAGUUAAUGGAUGGGAUACCAACUUGCUCUGGAUGUCGAAGUGGUUAGAACAAUGAGUAAUGUCCAUGAACUGUAACCAUUCCUGUUGGUUCUUUCAGUCCUUGUCAAAGAACGUUAUGUUGAAGUACUUGCCUUAUGAUGUGCCCCAAUAUCAUUUGUGUACAUGAUCUGUACGCUUCAUGGUAAGAAGAAUUUCCUCUUGCUUUAGGAUAACGAGUGCCAUGUAUGUGAGGAAAGAUAGUUAUUUUAAGGAAAACUUGUUGGGUUCCAUGACAAUUUGGAGUUCUUUUUACCCUCAUGGACUGUGAACUUGAGUCCAGUCAGGACCUUCACUUUGUAAGUACUGUACCUUAUUUCUGACUAUGACUCUGUACUCCCAUGUCACUAUCUUACUGCUGGAUUUUUUACUGGUCAAAUAUCUAGUACCGUAAGACGGUGAUUGUCAGGCUGUUUCAGCUUUUGUGAAAUGUUUCAUUGGUUUAUUUAUCAACGUCUCAGCCAAGGCCAUGACUCAUACUGGAGUAGUAUACACUCAUAACAAUAACAAAACAUCUUACUGUGCUUGUAUACCUGGAAAACACAUUAUUGAAAGGAUAACAAUUGUUUCACAGCUAGCGUGCCAUAACGACUACUAACUUAAUACCUCCCAAACCUUUUUCCGUUGACCAAACGCAUGAUAUUACCAAUACCUUUAAUGCUCUAUUUAUUUUCAUGAAAUUUUUGUUUUCAUACUUUCACAGGAUUAAAAGAAAAAUCAAAGCCAUUUACAUAUUUUCCUCACAGGUGUCUAUAUUCUCAGUUGUGUAAAUAAUGUAGGUGUUGGUGGCAAAUCUUGCUCAGACCACUCAUUAUUUAUUGUGUUUGAUCUGUGCAACGAACUUCAGAGUGUGUUUGUUAUGUAUGUAUGUAUAUAUACUGGUUUCACAAAAUUAGUCUGUCCUUUUUGUCGUUGAUAUUUGAAGUAGGUACCUGUUGAUGAUUGGUUACUCUGUGUAUUAUUUAGACUUUGGCUUCUGGUUCUUACAGUCAUGAAAUAAUGUGUUGAGCUAAUGGUGGAGGUGUUGUCUUCUUUUUUCUUUAUUUAGAUAGAUGGUGGUUAUUGGUAAUGGUUCAUCUAUAGGUCAACGAAUGGAAAUGUGAUCGGGACAUUUCUCAGCUUGCUCGCUUGAUAUUUAUUUCUUUGGAUAUGUGCAUUUACUAUUGUCUGUACAACCAUGGAUGGGAUUUCUUAUGGACUGCCUGUCUAUUAGACCAAAGUAUAAAAUGUUAUAUGUUAUGAUCAUUACUUCAGCGAGACAUUUCACUUUGUUGCUAAAAGAGCUCAAGGCUGAAUCGUCCUGCGUUCAAAUAAGUUACCAAUACAUCUUGUUAUAUAUGCUGUAAUUUUCCUAAUGGCAACAUGUCUCUGGAUAUCCACUUUUCUUGUGUAGAAAAUGACUUCUUGUCUAGAAGCUCUUCUGUUGACUAUGAUGUACAGUGGUGUUUGUGGCUGGCUGUCCUGUUUAACUAAGUCCUACUUACACCGCUAGACUUGUGUAACCCGUGGUAUUUUUGUCCACUGCAGGGCUAGUUUGUUUAAGUAAAUUUAAGUCCAGUCCAAAUCCAAAGUGUCUAAGGCAACCAUCCGUUGUCAAGGAGAAAAAAUGGCUGUCUUAGAUUGACAACUUGGACAAUGUCAUUAAACACAGGGAUGGGGGGGGGGGGGGGGGGGGAUGGGAUGUGUCCGUUUGCACAGAUGAUUAUUUUGGACAGGUGGUCAUUAGAGCAGGUUCGACUGUACAUAUCUUUUGGCACAGGUGCUACUUAGUCCAGAUUUUAAAUUUGGACAUGAAGCCGCCUUGCCUUUACUUUUUUUAAGGGAUUUCUUCACCUUAGGUUCUUUUUUUUUUCAAAAGCAGUGUAAAUGCAUUUGCUUAAAUUGCCUUGGAAAGUAUAUAAAACUACUAAGGAUUACUCAGUUGAAAUUCAACCCUUUCUAUAUCUUACUUAAAGUAAAGUAUAGAUGUUUUGUAAGUUGUAUCACAGUGAUGCGAACAGUUUAUUGGUGUUUGGUGUAGAAAGAGUUGAAUCUGUUGGACAGUCGGUGUCUUUCUACCUUUACUUUUACUUUCUUCUUUAUUAUGCAGAAUGGUUUUCUAGAAGUACCAGUGAUGAUGCCAAUGAUCUUUGCCUGCUUCUUAACAAAUCUUUGCAAAAGUUGUCUAUGUCCAGUUAUUGACGCAUUUUAUGAGCAAAUAAAGCAAUGCGAAUAUUUUGA